AGAAGCUUGAUUCUUUGCUCUCAGACUACGAUAUCCUCUCUCUUGCCAAUAUCCAGCAGCACUCCAUAAGGAAAAGGGAUCUGCAAGCCUCAACACAUUUGGAAACAUUACUAACUUUUUCAGCUUUGAAAAGGCAUUUUAAAUUGUACUUGACAUCAAGUACCGAACGCUUUUCACAAAAUUUCAAAGUUGUGGUGGUGGAUGGUGAAGAUGAAAGCGAGUACACUGUAAAAUGGCAAGACUUCUUCAGUGGACAUGUGGUUGGUGAGCCUAACUCUAGAGUCCUAGCCCAUAUAGGAGAUGAUGAUGUUAUAAUAAGAAUCAACACAGAUGGGGCAGAAUAUAACAUAGAGCCACUUUGGAGAUUUGUUAAUGAUACUGAGGACAAAAGAAUGUUAGUUUAUAAGUCAGAAGAUAUCAAGAAUGUUUCACGUUUACAGUCUCCAAAAGUAUGUGGUUAUUUAAAAGUGGAUAAUGAAGAGUUGCUUCCAAAAGGACUGGUAGACAGAGAGCCACCUGAAGUGCAUACAAAUUCAUAUUAGAGUUUGUUCAUCGAGUGAAGAGAAGAGCUGAUCCUAAUCCCAUGAAGAACACUUGUAAAUUAUUGGUGGUAGCAGAUCAUCGCUUUUAUAAAUACAUGGGCAGAGGGGAAGAAAGCACCACUACCAAUUACUUAAUAGAGCUAAUUGACAGAGUUGAUGACAUCUAUCGGAACACUUCGUGGGAUAAUGCGGGUUUUAAAGGUUAUGGAAUACAGAUAGAGCAGAUUCGCAUUCUCAAGUCGCCACAAGAGGUAAAACCUGGUGAAAGGCACUACAACAUGGCAAAAAGUUACCCAAAUGAAGACAAGGAUGCUUGGGAUGUGAAGAUGUUGCUAGAGCAAUUUAGCUUUGAUAUAGCUGAAGAAGCAUCUAAAGUCUGCCUGGCACACCUUUUCACAUAUCAGGAUUUCGAUAUGGGAACUCUUGGAUUAGCUUAUGUUGGUUCUCCCAGAGCAAACAGUCAUGGAGGUGUUUGUCCAAAAGCUUAUUAUAGUCCAGUUGGGAAGAAAAAUAUCUACUUGAAUAGUGGUUUGACCAGCACAAAAAAUUAUGGUAAAACCAUCCUUACAAAGGAAGCUGAUCUUGUUACGACUCAUGAAUUGGGACACAAUUUUGGAGCAGAACAUGAUCCUGAUGGUCUAGCAGAAUGUGCUCCGAAUGAGGACCAGGGAGGAAAGUAUGUUAUGUAUCCUAUAGCUGUGAGUGGUGACCAUGAGAACAAUAAGAUGUUUUCAAACUGCAGUAAGCAGUCCAUCUAUAAGACUAUUGAAAGUAAGGCCCAGGAGUGUUUUAAGGAGCGGAGCAACAAGGUGUGUGGGAACUCCAGGGUGGAUGAAGGAGAAGAAUGUGACCCCGGCAUCAUGUACCUGAAUAAUGACACCUGCUGCAAUAGCGACUGCACACUGAAACCAGGUGUACAGUGCAGUGACAGGAACAGUCCUUGCUGUAAGAACUGUCAGUUUGAGACUGCCCAGAAGAAGUGCCAGGAGGCUAUUAAUGCUACCUGCAAAGGCGUGUCUUACUGCACAGGGAACAGCAGUGAGUGUCCACCACCAGGAAAUGCUGAAGAUGAUACAGUUUGCUUGGACCUUGGCAAGUGUAAGGAUGGGAAGUGCAUCCCCUUCUGUGAGAGGGAGCAGCAGCUGGAGCCCUGUGCGUGCAACGAAACUGACAACUCAUGCAAGGUGUGCUGUAGAGACCGUUCUGGCCGGUGUGUACCCUAUGUCGACGCUGAGCAAAAGAACCUAUUUUUAAGGAAAGGGAAGCCCUGUACAGUAGGGUUUUGUGACAUGAAUGGCAAAUGCGAGAAACGAGUACAGGAUGUAAUAGAGAGAUUUUGGGAUUUCAUUGACCAGUUGAGCAUCAAUACUUUUGGGAAGUUUUUAGCAGACAACAUCGUAGGAUCUGUCCUGGUUUUCUCCUUGAUAUUUUGGAUUCCUUUCAGUAUUCUUGUUCAUUGUGUGGAUAAGAAAUUGGAUAAGCAAUAUGAAUCGCUGUCUCUGUUUAACCCCAGUAAUGUUGAGAUGUUAAGCAGCAUGGAUUCGGCCUCAGUUCGAAUUAUCAAGCCCUUUCCUGCACCCCAGACUCCAGGCCGCCUGCAGCCCCUACAGCCUACCCCUGUGAUGCCACCAGUGUCUGCUGCUCCAAAACUGGACCACCAGAGAAUGGACACCAUCCAAGAAGACCCCAGCACAGACUCACAUAUGGAUGAGGAUGGCUUUGAAAAGGACCCCUUCCCUAACAGUGGCACAGCUGCCAAGUCCUUUGAGGAUCUCACGGACCAUCCAGUCACCAGAAGUGAAAAGGCUGCUUCCUUUAAACUGCAGCGUCAGAAUCGUGUGGACAGCAAAGAAACUGAGUGCUAGUGAGGGUCAUGUCCUAAGUGAUUUUGACUUACACGUGCAAAUAUUUUUAUAAAUUUGGCCUAGAAGCAUGGCAUAUAUCUUGUGAAGAACUGGGAGGAAUAAGGAAAUUACUCAACAGCAAAUGCUGGCCAUGUGUUUGAGCUUCCUUCACAUAAGCAGUGCUGUCUAGUUAAGACCCUCUUCCUUUGAAAAGGUCAGGUGAAUCUGGCUUAUUUUCAGACUUUCAGGUUUUAGUGUUUUUGAGUUUCAAAACAGCCUUUGACCUGGUGGUGCAAAAGCAGAAAAUACAGCUGGGUUAGAUUACUGUAAAUUAACCUUUAUGUUGAUAACAGCACUGAUCUUUUAUAUACUGUAAUGACCCUAUGAGGCACUUAGCAGUUAUUUGAGAGGACAACUGGAACAAUUUUUUUUUUUCAAGUAAAGGCAAAGGAAUGAGAUAAUCUAUUAUUGCCAAAACGUGGGUGUUUCUAGGUAUUACCCAGAUCUUUUCACAGCAGGGAGAAAGCUACAUCUAAACUUACAAAUAAUUUGGGUGAAUAGGGUUUUUUUUCCUAAGGCUAGUGCUUUCUAGAAUUAAAACAACCUAGUUUAUAGUGAAGUUUACAAUAGUUAAAUAUAUACAUAGCCUGUUAAUUUCUCAGGUCUCCGAUUUGCUGGGUAGCUUUUCUGUGUUUUAUAAGUAUCUUCAUAUAUCCCUAAUAUUGUUUACUAUGCGUUUAAAAAUUCUUUAUCCACAGUACUACAAAAUAUGAUCCAAAAAAACACAGUUGCCUAUUGUUAAGUUAGUGGACAAGAGGGUAAAUGAGAUACUUUUAACCAAAGAACAGGUUGUUUUGAAUAUGCUGAGAUGUGACAAGCCAGGAAAGGGAACACUGCCUGUCCUGGGGCAGGGGUCUGGCCCUACCAGACCUGAUACUUCAGAAACCCUUUUUAAUUACCCACAAGUAGAUGGUCACAUGACUUCUUGCCAAGUGCUUCAGGAUUCUGGAUGGUCUGUUGUUACCGUGUGAAGGAUUAAAAAAAAAAAAAAAAUCAUAGCCUGAAUUCUGAUCUUCAUAAAAUUACUUGUUUUCUCCUGUGAACUAAAAUGUGCUUACCAGA